AUGGAUGAUGAGUGCAAUGGUGGCUGGCGGCAGUUGGGUUGGCUCAGCCCUUUAGCUUUGCGAUUUACUCAUGGGGAGAUCAGCAAUACUUUUCAAAAUGGCUUCAGCCUGGACAACACCAUCGACAAAUUUGCGACUGGUGCUUUGUCAGCCGAGCAUUUUGAAAGCAGCCCGCUCCAAGUUGUGUGGCAUGAUGGCUUUCUGUGGUCCUUGAGCAAUCGACGCCUUUAUGUUUUUCGCGUGGCUCAUGCACUUGGAUGCUGCAGCGUUUGCCCUUGUCACAUCCACUCUACCAGCACGAAGAUCAUUUCCAGAUUGGAGGAUGCGCUCAGCACCACUACCGGUGGGAAAAUUGUCAACAUUCGAGGUGGAAGCAGAUUCAGUGAUCUCCAGUGCGGGCAUCCUAUAUCUCAGCAAGCAAUCAAGCGGUUGCAGCUUCCAACAAUCGAGCAGUUCCUGCAACUUGCGAAGGCGUCAAUGGGCGCCACAGAAAGCGACAUGAAGGCCUACCACCAUAGCCUCAGCACGAACGGCUUCUCUACCGUCUCCACGUUAUUUGAACUAGCUUAUUACCAAGAUCCGGCCAAACUGGGUAUUCCUUUCCGUUUGCAGCAUUGCAUAGUGCAGCUGCUCCAGCGAGCCGAGCCUUUCCAUGACUGUGUGAAUCGACGCAGCGACACGAAGCAGCCGCACGAGAAAACUCUGGGCAAUGCAUCCACCAACUGGCCGCCUGCUGACACAUUCCAGACUCCACAGGGGCAUGGGGACUCAGCAGGAUGGAGUUCGACGUACGGUUUCGGCAACACUUAUGAGUGGGCGGCAAACACGGUGCAGGACUUUGCUUGCCGCCGUGAGCUUACGCGCACGGCCAAGAGAGACUUAGAGCAAUUGGCUCCCUGCGAAGCUGCGGAUGUUGUCCGCGCACUGGAAGCCGAGAAAAGAGGAAUCUCUUUGCAGCCGGCGGAGUGGAGUAAAAUUGUGUCCUCAAGGUGCACUGCCAAGGCGAGUGCUGGCGAGAUGGAUUACAACCUGCUUGUGCAGAUAGAAGAUUUUAUGCGAGAAAUUGGGAUGCAAGGGCAUUUCUCAUCAGAGACCCUGGGGGAGCUUGGAUCCACAUUACGGUCACUUUCGCCUCAAGAAGCAUAUGCGGUCAUGAAUGACCACCAGUUCGUCUAUUCGGUUCCCCGCGGCUUGAUCGACGACCCGGCAGCAGUCGCCCAACAAAUUGCGAAGCAGAUUCGUCGUAGUUUGGUUGAAGCCAAGAUCCAAGAGUUUGUAUCUUCCUUCGAGUAUUCUCACGCAACGGGCGAGUUGCUGCGCCAGCUUUGCCGAGUUAACCCAUCGAAAGCGGAUACUUUAAUGCAGCAUCACAAGGCCUCGCAUGGAGAGGCCAGCCUUGUCUGGCGAAUAACACAGGGUGCCAGCAACGGGUACGUUGGAAAAUCUACCCAUCCAUCGCAGGUUGAAAACCAUCGGCAGCUGGAGAGCGAGUGGUCGGAUGAUGAAGGCGUGCCCAAGCUUGACACUCAGCAAGGACGCGAAAAGACUGCCGCAACUGACCGCUUGCAAGCUUCCGGUGAUGGGAACAUAGAGCAGACCAGCGAGGCCGUCCAGCGACGUCAUUGCGAAGCUCAAGUGGUCAACGGACUCGCAUGGCCUGCAUGGGAGCAUGGGUUGACCUUGGCAGGCAGCUCCUCUGCAGGUGAUCACGCGGACAAGAGCAACAAAUCGACACAUGAAGUUGGAGCUCAGAGCGUCUCGGGCGAGAAGCCCAGAGAGCCUUCCAUGGGAGGUCAGGCUGCAACUGACCCCGACGACGCCUCUGAUAGUGAGCUUGACUCUGAAGUUGUUGGCGAUCUGCCCAGUUGGAAUCAAUCUGUCGAGCGUCCAUCAAUUUCCACUCGUUCCGUGGGAUCUUGGUCCACAACCAGGCAUGAAUCAAACCAGGCCUCCGCUCACUACAUCGUUGUGCUUGAUACUUCCGGAAGCAUGUCGUCCCAAGACUGCUGUGCUCAAGAUGGAACCUGGCACAGACGGAUCGAUGCCGUCAAGCUGAAACUUUCUGAGUUUGCGCGAGACAUGGGCCGGCAGCAGCUCAGUUCACAGACCAGCGACAUUUAUUCUUUCGUGACGUUCAACAUGAGAUUCAAGAUUCAGUUUGCCUUGCAGCCGGCCGACAUAGCUGCUGUCAAACUUGAGCGGGUGAGGGUGGAGCCACGUUUCCAGACGUCUUAUUCUUCUGGCUUUGACGGGAUCCGCGAAUGUGUAAGACAAGCGGACCAGUACAUCGAGACCAGCGGAAGACCAACGUAUGUGAUGUUCAUUUCUGAUGGAGAGCCCUGGGAUGCCGACGAGUUCAUGGCCAAACUCAGCGGUUUGAUGCAAGCUUGUCCACGGAUGCAGAUCAAUGCGGUAGCUUUUGGUCAUGCCUGUCCUGGUACAGCCGCUCAUCCCCUUGAAUGCCGUGCUGUCGAUUAUCUCUAUUACUUACAGCAGUUGGCAGCCAUAGGAGGUGGCAUUUGCACUUGGGCUGGGACUUCGCUUGCCAGCAUCAAGGGCGCUUUCCGCGCUGUCAGGAGUACAAUGACGACCACGAGGAAGAAACAAAGCCUUCAGGCAGCGACUGACGCAAGCUCAAGCUCCAAGCAGUGGACAAGCUCAAGGCAACAAGUAGAAGUACGAGAUGAUGAUGGAUCAUGGACGUCGGCGUCCAUGUUGCGCUUGAAUGCGACCGCUCGCACGUGCGAAGUUAUUCUUUGCAGUGGGAGCAGCUGCCAGAUCAAAGAAUUGCCGUGGAAAAGCGUACAUUGGCCCAGCGACGCUGACACUCCUUUUGUCCCGGAACUCGAACCUGCUAAACCCAGCCGCGUGCUUGCCACCUGGGAAGGCUGGGAACCGAUUUGUUGCGCGCGGCGGCUUCACUACCGCUUCGAUGGGAAGAGAUUUCAAAUCGACGAAGAGGUCACGACCACUGUGACAAGGCGGUUAAGGUAUUUCACGAAAGGCUCAAUGAGAAUCGUCCGCUACAUGCAUGACCAGCUGCUGGGUGGAAGACUUCUAGUGUGCAAGCAGCUGCUGGCGCGAGGAGGCUCAGCAGGUUCGCUGGCGAUCAAAUCCAGCUGCAAGGCUAGCAUGGAGCCCUUCUGCCGCAACACUGCCGUAGCUAGAUACUUCGCAAAGCGCUUCCGCCAGCGAGGUUAUUGUCUCGGCUUCUUGCAAGAUUAUUUGUACUGCCUCGACGACUUGCCCAGUGCACGAGAACAGAGUCAGGUAUUUAUGGGGGAAAUGCAUAUGGAUGGUGUUUUUGUCAAGUUCAACAACAAUGGUGGCUCCGUCAACAAAGAGGACCACAAGCAUCAUUGUGAUCUUGCGCAAGCAUUCAGCCACUUCACCUUCGACCAAUCGUACGGCGAACUCUUGGUGGUAGACAUUCAGGGGGUUCCUUCAGUGCAGAGCAACAGCAAGACUGUACUGCACUUGACGGACCCACAGGUGCACAGCCGCCACAACAAUUUUCCAUCCUUUGGGGAUGGAGACCUGAAGGAAGCUGGCAUCAGAAAGUUUUUUGCCACACAUCGAUGCUCUCGCAUUUGCGAAGCAUUGAAGCUCAAGCGAGCAAGUGACUACGAUUUCCUGCCGCCGCGGAUUACGCUGACCAUCCCGGGACUUUCGCGGGAGUUCUGGAAGGAGUUUUCGACGAGAACACUGCAGAAGGUUCGAAGACAGUUUGGCCUCGCAGACAUUGUUUACCCGAAUGAGAUCAUUGGAGAAGAUCUGGAAGUCAAGCUGUGGGGGAGGCUGAAGAACACUUCGCAAGCUGCCCAGGCAAUCUCCUGCUCCUUGGAGCAGCUUCUUCACGAGUGCUGCCAUCCGAUCUGGUUUGAGGAUGCUGGCUUUUAUUUGCUCCAAAUUCAAGCCAUGGCGCCGUGGAGUGUGCGGGCAUUUGUCUGGCCAAGAGGAGGCGAAGCUCAAGCCAGCCACCAAGUUUGGAUCUAUCCCCGCUCGGCAGGGCCGGCGGUAGAAGCUACAUUUCGGGCAAAUCACCUUAUUGGCAUGGCCACUUCGUGGUGA